CUUAAGCGAGGUUCACAAGCUACAGCGCAAAAUCAAAACAAUAAACAUGGCGAUGCCCUUGGCUAAAAGUUUUGCUAUUCUAAGAAUUUCUCAACAACUUAAAUAUUUAAGUUAUCCAUUUAGUAGUAUUGUAUCCAAGAAUGCAGAUACGAAAGUAACUCAUACAGGACAAAAAUUUGAUGAAAAUGAUGCACGAUUGGCUCGUUUUAUUGACAAAGAAAAAUAUGUCAAUCCACAUUUUGCAAUUGACUUAAUAAAUUCUAUCCCACCAAAGGUUGUAAAAGAGAGAGUAGUUUCAUGUGAUGGUGGUGGUGGAGCUCUUGGUCAUCCUAAAGUAUACAUAAAUUUGGAUAAGGAUGGCCCAAAGGCCUGUGGUUACUGUGGAUUGAGAUUUGUUUUGGAUCACCAUCAUUGAAUUAUAAUGUAAAUGCAUAGAUAUUAUUUGUUAAUAGUGAAAUAAAUUUGAAUGCCCAUA